UAAUCAAAAUGGUUGACAUUUGUGAUGAAUUGAGAACACUGGUAAAUGGCUAGCUACCUCGACAGAGCUAGCCUAGUUGGUCCUCAGAAAGGUACAUGCACUGUACAGAGAUAGAAUGAGAUUAAUUGCAUAAAUCAGUGUGUGGUGUAGUUUUGAUGCUGCAGGGGUGAUAUAUGACAUUUUUCGUAUAACACACACAUCAAGAUGCAUAGUUUUUAUGCAUCAGCUAGCAGGGAUUUCUUACAAAGGCUACUCACUGGUGGGUGUUUCUAAAAGCACAUGUUUUAGUAAGGGAUUUGUACUGCAAUUAUCGAAAGUAUGUAUACUAAAGUGCAUUUUACCCUAAGUGUUGGGAUGCAAUUUGCGAAUAAUCCUAUUUUUCCACAAGUGGAUAUCAGUCUCUAAAUAUAUAGAUUCAGUGAGGCCCCUCCUUCCUCAUCUUCUCCAUAAUUUCUUAACCAUUUAUUAAUCAAAAUGGCUUCCAUUCGAGAGGAUGAGGCCACUGGAAAUGGCUACUUCGAAGGCCUUCGACAGCCAGAAGAACAAGUUUUGAACCAGAGGAUGAAGGGGAUGGUGCAACAAAAAAAUGGACUAGAAGAUGAAUAUGGUAGUGAAAAGAAAGAAGUGUUGUCCAUUGAGAUGAUUUUUAAAGACAAGGAAGUUCCUACAUGGAGAAGUCAGCUGACUAUCAGGGCCUUUGUUGUGAGCUUUGUGUUAGGAAUUUUGUUUAGUGUUAUAGUGAUGAAGCUUAAUUUAACCACAGGGAUCAUACCUUCUCUUAACGUCUCUGCGGGGCUGUUAGGAUUUUUCUUUAUUAAGGUAUGGACCGCGUUCGUGGAUAAAUCAGGAUUGUUGAAAGUACCAUUUACCAGGCAGGAAAAUACAGUGAUUCAAACAUGUGUUGUCGCGACCUCUGGUAUUCCUUUUAGUGGAGGAUUUGGAAGCUACCUUUUAGCAAUGACUGAAAUAAUUAGCAAACAGUCAACAGAAGCUACUGAUCCUCAGAAUACGAAAAGUCUGAGUUUGGGAUGGAUCAUUGGCUUUCUCUUCAUAGUUAGUUUCGUAGGCCUCUUCUCGGUUGUUCCUCUCAGAAAGAUUAUGAUCAUAGACUAUCCAAGUGGCACUGCAACUGCUCACCUUAUCAACAGCUUCCACACACCUCAGGGUGCAAAGCAAGCUAAGAAACAAGUGAAAGAAUUGGGCAAGUUCUUAUCCUUCAGCUUUUUGUGGGGAUUCUUUCAAUGGUUCUUUACUGCUGGGAAUGAUUGUGCAACAGUUGGAGCAAUUCUUUCAUGGGGUCUCAUGUGGCCUCGAAUUGAAAAUCAAGAAGGUCACUGGUACAAAUCCAGACUUUCUUCCAGCAAUCUACAUGGAAUCCAAGGGUACCGGGUCUUCAUUGCAAUAUCCUUGAUCCUAGGCGAUGGACUUUAUAACUUCAUAAAAGUUCUAACCAAAACUUCAGUAGAAUUAGCUAAACAACUUCAAAACAAAGACCCUGUCACGAUUCUUCCUCUGGCAGAUAAGGGCUCCCCUGAAGCGAAAGCUGCUUCUUUUGAUGAUCAGCGCAGGACACAAUUAUUUCUAAAGGACCAAAUACCAACAUGGUUAGCCCUUGGCGGCUAUGUAAUAAUUGCUGCCAUAGCUGCAGGAACCCUUCCUCAGAUAUUUAGUCCACUCAAAUGGUACCAUGUCUUGGUCAUCUACAUCUUCGCUCCAGUGCUAGCUUUCUGCAAUGCAUAUGGAUGUGGACUGACUGACUGUUCACUUGCUUCAACAUACGGAAAGCUUGCCAUUUUUGCAAUUGGAGCAUGGGCAGGGAAAGAUCACGGUGGAGUACUUGCUGGUCUUGCUGCUUGUGGGGUGAUGAUGAACAUUGUCUCAACAGCUUCAGACCUAUCACAGGAUUUCAAGACAGGAUACUUGACCCUUGCUUCACCAAGAUCCAUGUUUGUGAGCCAAGUCAUUGGCACUGCAAUGGGAUGUGUCAUAUCUCCUUGUGUGUUUUGGCUUUUCUACAAGGCCUUCGAUGAUAUAGGCAUUCCAGACUCCGAAUAUUCAGCACCAUAUGCACUAGUGUACAGAAACAUUGCAAUCCUAGGAGUAGAGGGAUUUUCUUCAUUACCAAAAAACUGCUUAACAAUCUGCUAUAUUUUGUUUGCCGGGGCAAUUUUUAUCAACGCUAUCCGAGAUUUUGGUCCCCAGAGAUGGACCAAGUACAUUGCACUCCCAAUGGCAAUGGCAAUUCCUUUCUAUUUAGGACCAUACUUUGCCAUAGACAUGUGUGUUGGAAGCUUGAUUCUUUUCAUCUGGGAGAAGAUAGACAAAGUUAAGGCUGAUGCGUUUGGCCCGGCUGUCGCAUCAGGCUUGAUUUGUGGUGAUGGGAUAUGGGCAUUGCCAAGUUCAAUCCUGGCUUUAGCAGGAGUGAAGCCUCCAAUUUGCAUGAAGUUUUUGUCAAGGGCCACAAAUGUUAAGGUUGACAAGUUCUUGAAUUCUUAAGUGCAUCUUCAUAUCAGUUGCUUUUGCUUUUGCGCAUCUUUGUCAUUGAUAGUGGGACUCCAAAUAUGCAAUGGCUUAAAGGGAUGGCAAGACAAAGAUAAUGCAUGUACUAAGAAUGCUUGUGUUUAAUAUUCUACUUGAAUUCUCCAGAGAAACAUGUGGAUGUUAAGGAUUUAUUUUACCAGGUUGUUAUUAUCUUGUGAAGUUAAAAUUGUUAUUAGCUUGUUAAGUUAAAAUUCUAGUGUGUUGCAUGGUUAUUUGAUAAUGCAAGUGUUAUAGUAUUUAUUUCCCCUACAUCCGAAAU